UGUCUGAAACAUGUCAUUACAUCAUCCAGAAGAGUUCUUGAAGAUAGUUCAAAAUCAUGAACUGCAUAAGGGAGAGCUUAGGGUUCCCAAGAAAUUUGUGGAGAAAUAUUGGAAAAGAAUACCAAAUCCAGUAAUUCUUAGACUCCCAAAUGGUGCUCAAAAGAAAAUAUUUUGGGUGGAGCGUGACGGUAAUAUUUGGUUGAAGAGAAAUUGGGAAAAUUUUGCAAAGUCUCUAAAACGUGGAUAUGCUUUAGUUUUCAAAUAUAUAGGGGGCCCAUAUUUUAAGGUUAAGAUAUUUGGUCACAACACAUUGGAAAAAGACUAUUCCAAUAUAAAAUUCAUUGAUGAAAGCUGUGAAGGUAGAGAAGAAGUUCAAGAAGUUGUUGAACUGAGUGAUGACAAUGUUAAUAGUGCUGGCACAUCUCAAAGGAGAAAAAGUGGCAAGAGAAAAAUUAAUCAGCAAAAAAUCAAAGGUAGUAAGAGAGGUAUGAUUAAGAAGACUAAAAAAUGCUCAACAAUUAGUGAGAGAGACAAUAAUGAGAAUCCAAGUUUUGAACUUGAUUUGUCACAAUCUUACGCCCAUGGCUAUACUUUGAGGAUACCAAGUGACUUUUCAAGAACAUAUUUGAAUGAGAACCUUAAAGGGUCAUCUGCAAGCAUUAGGUUUGGUGAGAACAUGCCUAUGAAAGUGAAGGUGAUGUUUCAAGAUGUCAAGUAUAAUAGAACAUGUUUUGUGACCAAUGGUUGGAAGCCAUUUGCCAAAAAAUAUAACCUACAAGUUGGCAAUGUAUGUAAAUUUGUGAUGACUCAACUUCAUCCACUUUCAUUCACCAUAACUAUUACCCAAGCCAAAGGUUAUGAAGGAAUAAUCUCUUGUGAUGAUAAUAUUGGGAAGAAAAGAGGCAUUGAAGGAAGUUCAAGGAGCUGCCAUGUUCUCCCAAAACAAGUUUUGUUUUGA